AUGUCCGGAUACGACCGAGCUCUUUCAGUAUUCAGUCCUGAUGGACACGUCUUCCAGGUUGAAUAUGCCAUGGAGGCUGUGAAGCGAGGAACUUGCGCUGUUGGUGUUAAAGGCAAGGAUAUCGUCGUCCUCGGUUGCGAAAAGCGUUCCGCCCUCAAGCUCCAAGAUACCCGCAUUACCCCCUCCAAGAUCGCCAUGGUGGAUGGCCACGCCUGUCUCGCAUUUGCUGGACUGAACGCCGAUGCCCGGAUCCUUAUCGACAAGGCUCGUUUAGAGGCUCAGUCCCACCGCCUGACCGUUGAAGACCCCGCCAGCAUCGAGUAUAUUACGAAAUAUAUUGCCAGCGUGCAGCAGAGAUACACGCAGAGUGGUGGUGUGCGUCCAUUUGGUAUCAGUACGCUGGUUGUUGGAUUUGACAAGAAUGACUCCACCCCGCGACUGUACCAGACCGAGCCCUCUGGAAUUUACUCGGCCUGGAAAGCCAACGCCAUCGGCCGUUCCAGCAAGACCGUCCGUGAAUUCCUUGAGCGCAACCACCAGGAAGACAUGGAUCGCGAGCAGACAAUCCAGCUGACCAUCAAGUCUCUGCUUGAGGUUGUGCAGACAGGUGCUAAGAACAUCGAGGUCGCUAUCAUGGCGCCCGGCAAGACCCUUGAGAUGUUGCCCGAUGACCAGAUCGAGGCGUACGUGAAGAGCAUUGAGACCGAGAAGCAGGAGGAAGCAGCCAAGAAGAAGACCCGGACAGGGACCACCACAGCGGCAAUCCUCACCCGGCCGGGUGGCGGCGAGUCGACCGAUUAA